AGGUGCUUUAAAAACUGGCGGGCUUCCUCUUCGCGCAUUCCGCUCGACUUUCUUUUCCGGUCGUUCGAACUCCCAAACUCGAUAUGGUUUUCCUCAAGCGCACCAUCCCCGCCAAUCCAAAGAAGAGGCCUGCCACACCUUCCGAGAAUAUCCACUCUCCUGUCGCCGUCGCCUCUGUGGCAACCCUAGGUUCGGACCGCCACCGGAAUGCCACCUUCUCCGCAGCCGCUGUCGCCGCCGCUACCACUGGCUCAGUUGGCGGCAUAGUCGGGAACGCGAAAGGAAAGGGCGUCCGAGGAACAGAAGGAGAUGACGAAGAGCAGGAUGUGAGCGUGAUGGUUUCCCUCUUAGCCGAAGCUGGUUGCACCCUCCGCGUAUCGGGCGACACCCCUCCGUCGCUCCCCGCCGAUUCUCACAAAUUCCGUCGCCAUAUCGACACCCGCCUCUCCUCAGUCGAAGACCCCUCUAUUGUCCCUCGCUUCCUAUCUGGCUUCUCCUCCUACAUCCAAAGCCCUCAAAACUUCCGCAGGGUUUUGAUACCCGCGAACCAUGAUAGCGGCUCUUCUUGGGGGGAGAGCCUCGUUCGGGUGCUUUUACUGGUGGCUCCGAUCCAGUCGCAGAUGCUGAAUCUGCUGCUCGAGAAACUGCCCGAGCAUUUCAAUGCCGAUGCAGCAUGUGUAGGUCGUUCAUUGAAGGAUGACAUUGCGAGGUUAAUCGUGAACCAACUACGAUGGCUCGAUUUCCUCGUGGAUUCCGGGUCUUUUGUCGAAAAGCUUAUGGAGGUUCUUUCUAUUUCCCCUCCCGGGCUUAAGAAGGAGCUAAUCGGUUCGCUUCCGGAGAUUAUUGGCGACAAAUGCCAUUCCACUGUCGUCAGCGCUCUUGAGAAGAUGCUCCUCGAAGAUUCAGACGUCAUUGUUCCCGUGCUCGAUUCUUUCACUGCUCUGAAUUUAGAUGAGCAGCUGCAGGAACAGGUCGUCACAAUAGCUUUGUCCCGCAUUAGAACUGUGAAUGGGGAGCACAUGCCUCAUUUGCUUAGGUUUUUAUUACUUUCUACAACACCUGCAAACGCUGGGAGGAUAAUAUCACAAAUUCGUGACCAGUUGAAAUUUGUUGGAGUGAUGGAUCCUUACUCUGUCAGAAACAAUAAGUUUAAAGGAAAAUUUUCAGCUCAAAGCACUGAGGUUUCAAUCCUUGAUGCCUUGAGAUCAAGUCUAAGGUUCAAAAAUAUUCUAUGUGAGGCUGUUUUGAAAGUGCUAAAGUCUAUAGACCAGCCACGCAACCAUAAGGUCAUAGAUUUAUGGUUUCUUAUGCUCAUAUACAAAAACGGUGGGUCCUUACAGAAAGAUACUCAGAAAAUAUUGAAGAAAAAGAUUGUAGAUGGUUGUUUUUGUGAAGCUCUAUUUGAUCAAUGUAUUGCUGGGAACCAGGAGUUGGUAAAGGACUACUUCCCAUCAUUUGUUUCUCUUUCUGAGUACCUACUUACUUGUAAAGAAAAGCAAGCGAGAAAAUUUGGCAUUCACCUAUACACAUUACUAUUUGUGGAGUUCAAAGAUACUUACUCUAGGCAAGAGGUUUUGGGUGCUUUAGUGACACAUAUUGGCUCUGGUAUAGCUCAUGAAGUUUGUUCAGCUCUGGAAACUUUGAUUUUGUUGACUAUGAGAUACACGGAGGAUUUGAUCCCAAUCUCCUCACAUAUAUCCGGUAUCUUGGAUUACCUGGAGUGCUUUCAAGAAGAUAACCUUCAUAAGGUUUAUGAAGUCUUCUCUCGUUUGGCAUUGGCUGCUAGAUCUAGAGCUGAAACUAUUAGAUCUUCCAUUGCAAAUGAAGUGUUAAUGAUCAUAAGAAAGCAGGUUAGCAAUGCUGAUAUGAUGUACAGGAAGAUGGGGGUAAUUGGAGCUCUAAAGGUCGUUUCCACCCUUGGAGAUGUAAAUGCCCCUUUGAGUUUCUUCUCUUCUCAGAAAUCAAACUCUGAUGAUGCGUUGGAGCUGCUGCAGAUGUCUUUAGACUCAUGCAAAUUGGUGCCUUUGACCUUGAUUCUUUUUUAUGAUGAACUAGUUGCUCUUUUAGAGGGCAGCGUUCUCAAGCCAGAAAUAAUUGAGUGGAUUGGAAAGCAUGCUAGCGAAUUUGAGCCAAUGUUUUUAUCUGAUCUCGAGGGAGGUCAGUUGCCAUUAAGUGUCCCUUGUGAUGGCAUUGAAGGAGAACUGUGGAUAAAUUUGGAUGGUGACGCCUCUCCUAUAGUUUUGAAGAUCCUACCAUUGCUUUCUUCAUCACUACAGCAGCAAUCAGAUUCUUUGCAGAUUCUUCCUUCUCAAUUUUUGUUAUUAUCUGUUGUUGAAAGGUUGUCAAACCAGGGAUCACUCGGUGGUAUUGAUGCACUUCUUGGUUGUCCCCUGCAUCUUCCUUCUCCCAGGUAUCUUUCUGGAGUUCAUUGGAAGAAGCUGACAGAAAAGCAGAAACAUAUCGUUUGCUUUUCUCUGUUUUAUGCAGUCAACUGGAUUAGGGAGCUGCUGAAUGCAUUUAGCUCACAAGUUGUUGACAAAAUAGAAAAUGUGACUCCGAAUACCAAAGAAGAGACAGUUAAAAAAUUAUUGAAGCGUCUAAGAAAUCUGGU